AUGGUCUCUCUAACGUUGCAGAUUUUUAUAUUAUUACUAAUUAUAUUAAUAAUUUGGUUACGCUUCCAAUUGAGUUAUUGGCAAAGGCGUAAGGCACCCACGGUCCCCACUACAGGUCUAUAUAAACUCACAAAUCGUGAACAUAUUGCCUAUUCGUAUCAAAGGGCCUAUCAACGGAUGCGACGAGAAAAUAAAGGAUAUGCUGGAAUUUAUACCCUAAUAGUCCCCACCCUCCUUAUUGCCGAUUUGGAUAUGUUGAAAUUGAUAUUGGUCACAGAAUUUGAAAGAUUUCCUGAUCGUGGAUUUUUUGUGAAUUAUAAAUCGGAUCCUUUAUCGAAAAAUAUGGCAAGGUUACAUGGAGAGUUGUGGCGCAAGAUUCGGACGAAGAUAACACCAACCUUUACUGCGGCAAGAAUGCGUCAAAUGUUCGAUAAUGUGGAGAUGAUUGGUAGGCAUUUCAUCCGGGUCAUGGAGAAGGAAAUUGGGAGGCAUAAUCAGGAGUUGGAUGUUCGCGACCUGUGUGCCCGUUUCACAACCGAUGUUAUUGGGAAUGUGGCCUUUGGCCUGGACUGUAAUAGCCUGGAAGAUCCCCACACGGAAUUUCGAACUAUGGGGGAUAAGACAUUUUCUGAUGUCAACCCUCUUUGGGAUAUGCUGGCAUCACAUUUCCCCAAAUUAUUUACCUGGUUGGAUUACAAAGUCUCUACACCGGAAUUGAUUUCAUUUUAUUCGAGAAUUGUUCGGAAUACAGUGGCAUAUCGUGAACUGAAUGGGGUGCGUCGUAAUGAUUUUUUACAAUUGUUAAUUGAUUUGAAAAAUCAACCCCACCAAGAGGGCGAAUAUCAAUUGGGGAUGGAUGAUUUAAUAGCCCAGUCAUUUGCAUUCUUUUCGGCGGGUUUUGAAACCUCUUCGAGUACGAUGGCAUAUGCUCUCUUCGAAUUGGCCAAAAAUCCUCAAGUGCAGGAGAAGGCAAGACAAAAUGUCGUGGAAGUUUUGGAGAGAUAUCAAGGGGAAUUGAGCUAUGAUAGCCUCAAUGAGAUGAGCUAUAUUCGGCAGGUCGUACAAGAAACCUUACGCAAACAUCCUCCCGUACCCUCUACCAAACGUGUCUGUCGCCAUCCCUAUACUUUUCCCGAUAAACAGAGUUUAAGUGUGGAACCCGAUGUUCAAAUAAUUAUACCCAUCUAUGCCAUACAUCAUGAUCCGGAAUAUUAUUCACAACCGGAAUGCUUUCGUCCCGAACAUUUCUCCUCCGAAGAACGGAAUCAACGGCAUCCCAUGGCAUAUUUACCAUUUGGAGCUGGACCAAGGAUCUGUAUUGCUGAGCGCUUCGGUAUGAUGCAGACAAUGAUGGGUCUGGCCUUACUUUUAAAGAAUUUCAAGUUCUUGCCUUGUACCAGAACUGCCGAACGUUUGAAUUUCGAUCCCAUGAAUGUUUUUGUAUUCAGCAGCAAAGCUGGUAUUUAUUUGAGAGUGGUGAAAAUAUAA